GAAGACACACAUGGAAAUUGCGUAGAAAUAAGUAAAUGUGGAUGCUAUUUCCAGGAGGCAUGGCGUCAACCCAAUGAUUACUUUGAUUCUGGCAAAGACUCGUGCCAAUGUAAAGAUGGCAAAGUUACCUGCACUGGACCAUCUAUGAACUGUACAGGAGACAUGGUAUAUUCACGUUGUAAGGGUGGGAGGUGCCAACGAACAUGUUCAAAAAAUCACCAAAUUGUAAAGAAUGUGUACAAGGUUGUGUGUGCCCGAACGGAACACUGUAUGAUCAAGGAAAAUGUAUAAAUGAAGAAGACUGUCCCUGCCAUUUUAAAGGUGGGACAUAUCAGGAUGGGGAAGAUGCAAUAGAUGAUUGUGAUCAUUGUAUUUGUAAGAAAGGUGAUUGGGUUUGCAAAAGAACUACAAUGUGUUCAAGAACUUGUAGUGUAACCAGCGGAGCCUAUUAUAAAACAUUCGAUGAGAAGCGAUUCCAUUCAAAGGGAGCAUGUACUUAUCAACUCAUGUCGGAUGAUUGUGGGAAUGCAACAGCAUCAAAGAACUUACAUUUCUUUGAUAUCAGGAUAAAAAGUUAUCUGUGUGAAGAUAGUGAACAUACAAUGUGUAACAUAUCAUUGCAUGCUAGAGUUGGGAAUCAAAUGUUCAUUUUGUCAAGAGAUCAGCCAAUGCAACAUCUAGGUGCUCCAAAAAUUUCAUCUGCGCAUGAGCCAAAACUAAAAAAAUUGCAUAUUGGAUUUUACCAAGUUUUAGAAUUUGAUUUCCCGGAGUACUAUGUUCAAAUCAGUUAUGACGGUAAAACAUCUGUUAAUAUCGAAGUAUCCAGAAACAUAACAGAUCAACGACCCCUGUGUGGUCUUUGUGGUAAUCUCGACGAUUCAGCCUCUAAUGAUUUUGGUUUGACGGAUUCUGCCGGUUUCGUGAAUUCGCACAAAAUUGACCAAUCUUGCGCCGACAUUAUGCCGUCACAAAAGACAGCUUGUGAGGACAAUGAACAUGCUGAAAAGAAGGCAAAACAACAAUGCAACAUUAUGAAAAGUUCUCUCUUCAGCAAAUGCCACUCAAUUAUUGAAGUUCGAGAAUUCUACGAGACUUGUGUUGAGCAAACCUGUUCAUGCACAGCUGACACAGAUUGCGACUGUUUUUGUAGUUCUGUGGCUGCCUACGCUAACGCUUGUGGACGUAAAGGAGCCAAGGUUAAUUGGAGACCUUUAACAAGUUGCCCUGUUGAGUGCGAGGAAUUUACUGAUCCAGACGGCGAUCUGUGCGAUAUAAAGUACGAUGUGUGUCAAGAUUGCGUCAAAACAUGCUGCGUCAGUUGUACCAGAGGUUGUUUCGAAGGAUGCUUUCCCAAAUGUGAUGAAGGCUUGGUAUUUGAUCCUGAUGCCCAAACUUGUGUUUCUGAGGACAAGUGCACCCCAUGCCGCUUCGGACCAACAGUAAUAGUUUCGACGACAGGCGUUUCAAACACUACCAGUUUCACCACGACAUAUUCUACAGUUACAACUCCAAUGAUAUCGACGCCUGGCUUUACUUCAGCCACUACGCCGAUAGCGACAACAACUUCCCCAAUUUCUGAAGUAACGACGGCAGAAACGACAACCUCAACAUGCGAGACAGUUUGCACAAUUAAGUUUGAUGAUAUAGCAUAUGUGUUGAAUGCCAAUGAAUCGAGGGAUUUCGGCUGUUUGAACUACAAAUGCAAGUUAAACGAAGGGAAUUGUGCAUUCGUGACUAGUGUUUCACGAACAUGUCCAGAUGUAACUUGCACGGAACAGGAAGAUGAGGUUCCUAGAGAUUGCUGUACAGAAUGCCAGUGUGCAAGGUGCAUUGUUGGAGACGAGUCGUACAAUGCGGGGUCAUCUUGGACUGAAGAUAAUGGGUGUAUUGAAAUGUAUUGUAAUUCAACUACCUGCGAAGCUGAGAAAACACAUGACAAAAGAGAGUAUUGCAGUGGACCACCAUCUUGUAGACGUUACGAAAGUUUAAAAACAACGGAAACUGGAGAGUGCUGUUCUGAAUACAAUUGUGAAUGCAACUCGAUACUUUGCCCAGCAAAUAAAACGUGUCUCGCGGGUACAAGAAUCAACCAGGAUUUGUCGGAUGAGUGCUGUACAGUCGAAGAAUGUCUGCCAACUUGUCGAUACAAUGGAGAGGAAUAUGUGAAUGGUGCAUUGAUAAAUGGAGAAAAUUGUUAUGACGAGUACUGCGAAUGUAGUGAUGCUGCGUGCGAAAUAGUGCGACGGGACGAAAUUGAAUGUCCCACAAGCGAACCAUGUACGAACGAUGAAGUUACUCAUUACCCUUCAUUUCUUGAUGAUUCCGGAUGCUGUAAAACUCAUCAAUGCAAAUGCGAGUGUACGGUAUAUGGUGACCCUCACUAUAUUUCAUUUGACGGAAAGAGGUAUUCAUUUCAAGGAAUGUGUCAUUAUACUCUUGUGAAAAGUCGAGAUACGGACGAUUUAGAGAUAAUCUCGGAUAAUCAAGAUUGCGUUCCCACUAUGCAAGACGUGAGUUGCGUGAAGUCAAUCAUAGUGAUAUGGAAAGGAACAAAGGUUGUACUUGCGGUUGGGAAUAUAGUGUAUCUCAAUGAUGAAGAAGUGACAGCUUUGCCGUUGGAUUCUGGUGGAAUUCGAGUCACAAAAAUGCCAGAUUUCUACCUUCGCCUGCAAAUUGCUGAACUCAGUCUUGUCCUCGAGUUUAAGGGACAUAAGGAACAAGGCUAUACUUUCAUCAAAAUACCAAUGAAUUCAAAAUGGUUUAAUAAAACCGUUGGAUUGUGUGGUACGUGUUCUAAUACCAGGGACGAUGAUUUUGAAACAAAAAAUGGAACUAACACAACUGAUCUUGAAGAUUUCACUUCUAGUUGGCAAUAUAACGCAACAGACAAAGAGUGCUUGCCAUGUAAUCCUCCUGAUCACAAAGAAUGUUGGAAUUGUACCGAUCCAAGACACGGAAAUGACAUACCUGAUUACUGUAAAAAACCUUGUAACAAAAGUUCGUGUGAAAUGUUAAAAUCAAAUAUCUUCGCUAAUUGCUCUAUACCAGUCGACAAUUACUAUGAGUCUUGUAUGAAAGAUAAUGAAUUAACAAGAAAAUGUUCAGUUUGUGACUCGGAUGCAAUAGCAACAUAUGCAAAGAAAUGUAACUGUGUAAAGUGGCGUAAAGACUUCAAUUGCAGCACAGAAUGUCCAAAUGGCCAAGAAUUUGAAGAAUGUGUGCCCGAAUGCAAGCUCAUGCGAACCUGCUCAAAUAAAGAUUUAUCACUGUUACAAAGAGAAUGCGACUCAACCUUAACUGCAAGUGGCUGUGCCUGUCCCGAUGGCACUGUUCUACAGGAUGAAAACAGCAAUAUAUGUGUGGAAGAAAGAUGUUGUGAUUGCCAAGAUCCAGUAUGCAACUCCUACGAAACACUUGUUUUAGAAAAGGGGGAGAAUCCCGACGACUGUUGCGCAAAGAAAAAAUGUGUGUGUACAUCAGUGAACGACCCGCCUUGUGUUUUACCUAAAGUUUUAAUACCGACUGAUGGUGGAACACCUGGAUGCUUUCGAAAUGAGUGCAGAUGCCCGGAUGAUCCUCAGUGUGAUCAAGUAGAAAAUUCUUGCGAUCAAACUUUCGGUUGCACUGGAAAAAUGAUAUCUGGACUAUGCGGAUGUACUGAAAGAUUCGAUUGUGUGUGUGAUGAAACAAAGUGUCCUCAAAACUUCGAUCCUUGUCCGAAAUGUUUUACUGAAACAAUGCAAAAACCUGAAAUCGAUCCGGAUCAAUAUUGCAAUGGGUCUUGUUGCGAUGAACAAAUUUGUAGCAAGAUUCAGUGUGAUCCUAUACAGAAUACGAUGCCCGAUUAUCCAACGGAUUCUUGCCCUUUUAUACAAAGAAUUACUACGGGAUUUUCUGAGACAGAUUUGGAAGAAUGUUGUGGUACUGCAUACGGUGUUGAGUGUUUAUCAGAUAAGUGCAGUGAUGAAUUUGCAGAAGAAAGUUGCCAAGCUGGAUAUAAAUUAGUGACCCUUUCAGCGAUUAAUUCAUCAAUUUCGACCAUUCGCGAUUACGCCAACUGCCCUAAAGUUGACGAAUGCUGUCCGCACAGAAUUUGCGUUUGCGAUUCAUGCAUGUUGUCCGAUGGAAGCCGCUUGGCCAUUGGAGAUGAAAAAUAUUCGUUCGACGGAUGCGAAUUAUAUACAUGUACCAACACUAAGCUAGAAAAUGGAUGUUACAAGUAUACUACACAGACACCGGAUUCUCCAUCAUUUCCCAAAUGCAAAUGUUAUCAAACUAUGAGCACAAUAUCUCCACGUGAGGGACGACCAAUAGAUAAGAGUCAGUGGGGAGAAUAUUGCGUACCAUCUUACACAUGUCAAAACAAUUCCUGUAGCGAUAACUACUCUCCUGGAAAUGAUGAUUGCAGUUAUCCUGCAGAAGUACAAACCACUUAUGAGACAGAUGAUACGAAUAAUUGCGAGAACGAAGAUUGUCCCGUAUCAAAAUGUGUUUGUUCAAAAUGUUUUCAUGAAGAUCUUGGAGAAUCUGACAUUGGUAUUACUGUUCAAGGCAAUGAUCAUUGUGAAAACUACACCUGCGUUGCUGUUGAUGGUGAACUUUGUCCAAAAUAUAAAGUUAAUCGAGUUCCAUGUCCUAAAAAAGAUUGCAAUGAGGAAUUUGAGAAUAAAACAACAACUCCAAUUCCUGGGGAAUGUUGUGACAAAGAAACCUGUCAGUGCAAGCCAUAUGAAAAGUUAGAAGACGUUUGUAGCAAUUGGAAAAUAAAUACGAGUUCAUGUCAAGAUCCGGAUUACAUGGUAUUAGAGGACGAACAGGACAAGUUUCAAACGCACCGAUGCUGUCCUGAAAAGAAGUGUGUAUGCAAAAGCGAUGAGAUGUUGAAAGACGAAUGUCCAAAAUGGACUGAUUAUUCAUGCGAAUCUCCUUAUCAGAAGAGAAGUCUCAAGACAGCCAUCACAGAGUCAAAUUGCUGCCCAGAUUAUGAAUGUACAUGCGACUGUUCAAAUGUAACAUGUAAAUACGACAGCUGGGUAGCUGAGGCUUCAACUGAUCAAUGCGACUGCCAAUGCAAAUGUAAACCAGAAAAAUGUACCGAAAAUAUUAAGAGUUGUGGAAUUUAUGAAAAACGUAUUGAAAAUGGAACGAAAGACGAUGGUUGCUGUAAAGAGUAUGAAUGUGUUUGUGUCAAAGAAAGCUGCCCAGCUCUUCCAUCGGCAGAUUGUAAUCAAUAUCAAAUUGAGUAUGAUUGGUACGAGAAUCUCGGAGUUGAUUGUUGCGCAAAAGAAAAAAGAUGCAGAUGUAACUCUAACUCUACAUUAUUACAUGAAUUGUGCAAUGCCACAAAGCCAGACAAAUGCGAGGACGGUUACACACCAUAUGUGGAAAAAGUGAUGACAUCGCAAACACAAGGAAUGUGUUGUGAUAUACAGUGCAAAUGCUCCAGCUGCUUUACUGAUAAAAACGAAACUAAGUUGGUUGGUUCUACAUGGGAAACGAAGGAAAAUUGCUUAGUGAAAAACCACAGAUGUUCAGAAGUGUUGUUGACAAACGGUUGUCAUAAAAUAAUAACAGAUGUGAGAAAUGUAUCUUGUGAUUUCACCUCCGCCAGUAGCUACGAAAAUGAAAAGUGUAACGAAAGCUCUUAUGCUGUUGAAACAUUGCCCAGAGAAGGAUGUUGUCCUGAUUUCAGUUGCAAACCUUGCUCUUCGCAAAAUUGGACUUGCCACUCUCCAUUGGAAUUUAUGUCCAAAAACGAUACAAUAGAACGAUGUCCCGGGGAAUGUAGAUGCUCGGAUCCCUUGAGCGAAAUUCAAAAUCGGAUUUGCCUAUCAAGCGCUUCUUGUCCAAAUUAUUACACACCUGUUUUGCUUGAUAAAGAUCAAACAGGAGGAAAAUCACAUUCGGACAAGUGUUGUCCCGACUAUAAAUGCAUAUGCUCACCUUGUUCUGAGGAUAACAUCAAUGAAAACGAUAUUACUUACAAUACUACACUAUGUGAAACUGUUGGAGUAAGGGAAAGUGACGUGGAUAAACCUUGCUGUAAAAAUUAUGAAAAGCAAUGCAACAAUUCAUGUAGUUGCCCAGCAUCAGAGUCAAAUUGUCAAACAACGCUAGGCUGCACUGACAAAGAAAUCUCCAUAUCAUUUUGUGGGUGUGUUACUUCAACAACAUGUGAAUGUAAACCUGAACUAUGUCCCAUAAAAUCUUGUGGACCAUGUGAAAAAUUGGUAAAUGCAUCUCGACCUAUGGAUGAAACAGCUGCCUGUAAUGGAAAUUGUUGUCCAAUACAAUCUUGUGUAAAAGUGGAGUGCCCUGAAGUACCUGAAAUUGUGAUACCGGACUAUUGCACUUUCGCCUCAAAGGUAUACACAUAUCCACAGAAUGAGAUUUGCUGUCAUAAUGGAGAAGAAGUGAAGUGCAAUAACACUUUAUGUCCUGACAUUCUGAAAAUCCCAGAUAGUUGCCAAGAUGGAUACUCAUUGGCUUCUCUUCCGGUUGCAAAUUCAACUGACGCAAGGAUCAAUGCAUUCAAAGAUUGUCCCAACGUUGACCAGUGUUGCGAACACAAAGUAUGUGAAUGUACAUCUUGUGCAUAUGGUGACAAGCUUCUCAAUAUAGGAGCACCAGGAGUAUAUUCAGAAGAUGGUUGUACCUUUUAUACUUGUACUGGAGAUAUCAAACUCACAGAUGGUUGCUAUCAAAUAUCUGAACAAAAGCCAUCUUGCCCAUCUAAACAACCCUGUGAUUGUUAUCAAACACUGGUAACAACCGAUCCAGAAGGAGGAGCAAUUGAUAAAAGUCAGUGGAUGGAAUAUUGUUGUCCAACUCAUACAUGUCAAAACAAUUCCUGUAGCGAUGACUACUCUCCUGGAAAUGAUGAUUGCAGUUAUCCCGCAGAAGUACAAACCACUUAUGAGAGGAAUGAUACCAACAGUUGCGAGAACAAAGAUUGUCCCAUAUCAAAAUGUGUUUGUUCAAAAUGUUUUGAUGAAAUCCUUGGAGAAUCUGACAUUGGUACUACUGUUCAAGGCAAUGAUCAUUGUGAAAACUACACCUGCGUUGCUGUUGAUGGUGAACUUUGUCCAAAAUAUAAAGUUAAUCGAGUUCCAUGUCCUAACAAAGAUUGCAAUGAGGAAUUUGAGAAUAAAACAACAACUCCAAUUCCUGGGGAAUGUUGUGACAAAGAAACCUGUCAGUGCAAGCCAUAUGAAAAGUUAGAAGACGUUUGUAGCAAUUGGAAAAUAAAUACGAGUUCAUGUCAAGAUCCGGAUUACAUGGUAUUAGAGGACGAACAGGACAAGUUUCAAACGCACCGAUGCUGUCCUGAAAAGAAGUGUGUAUGCAAAAGCGAUGAGAUGUUGAAAGACGAAUGUCCAAAAUGGACUGAUUAUUCAUGCGAAUCUCCUUAUCAGAAGAGAAGUCUCAAGACAGCCAUCACAGAGUCAAAUUGCUGCCCAGAUUAUGAAUGUACAUGCGACUGUUCAAAUGUAACAUGUAAAUACGACAGCUGGGUAGCUGAGGCUUCAACUGAUCAAUGCGACUGCCAAUGCAAAUGUAAACCAGAAAAAUGUACCGAAAAUAUUAAGAGUUGUGGAAUUUAUGAAAAACGUAUUGAAAAUGGAACGAAAGACGAUGGUUGCUGUAAAGAGUAUAAAUGUGUUUGUGACCAAGAAAGCUGCCCAGCUCUUCCAUCGGCAGAUUGUAAUCAAUAUCAAGUUGAGUAUGAUUGGUACGAGAAUCUCGGAGUUGAUUGUUGCGCAAAAGAAAAAAGAUGCAGAUGUAACUCUAACUCUACAUUAUUACAUGAAUUGUGCAAUGCCACAAAACCAGACAAAUGCGAGGACGGUUACACACCAUAUGUGGAAAAAGUAAUGACAUCGCAAACACAAGGAAUGUGCUGUGAUAUACAGUGCAAAUGCUCCAGCUGCUUUACUGAUAAAAAUGAAACUAAGUUGGUUGGUUCUACAUGGGAAACGAAGGAAAAUUGCUUAGUGAAAAACCACAGAUGUUCCGAAGUGUUGUUGACAAACGGUUGUCAUAAAAUAAUAACAGAUGUGAGAAAUGUAUCUUGUGAUUUCACCUCCGCCAGUAGCUACGAAAAUGAAAAGUGUAACGAAAGCUCUUAUGCUGUUGAAACAUUGCCCAGAGAAGGAUGUUGUCCUGAUUUCAGUUGCAAACCUUGCUCUUCGCAAAAUUGGACUUGCCACUCUCCAUUGGAAUUUCUGUCUAAAAACGAUACAAUAGAACGAUGUCCCGGGGAAUGUAGAUGCUCGGAUCCCUUGAGUGAAAUUCAAAAUCGGAUUUGCCUAUCAAGCGCUUCUUGCCCAAAUUAUUACACACCUGUUUUGCUUGAUAAAGAUCAAACAGGGGAAAAGUCACACUCGGACAAGUGUUGCCCAGACUAUAAAUGCAUAUGCUCACCUUGUUCUGAGGAUAACAUUAAUGAAAGCGAUAUAACUUACAAUACUACACUAUGUGAAACUGUUGGAGUAAGGGAAAGUGACGUGGAUAAACCUUGCUGUAAAAAUUAUGAAAAGAAAUGCAACAAUUCAUGUAGUUGCCCAGCAUCAGAGUCAAAUUGUCAAACAACGCUAGGCUGCACUGACAAAGAAAUCUCCAAAUCAUUUUGUGGGUGUGUUACUUCAACAACAUGUGAAUGUAAACCUGAACUAUGUCCCAUAAAAUCUUGUGGACCUUGUGAAAAAUUGAUAAAUGCAUCUCGACCUAUGGAUGAAACAGCUGCCUGUAAUGGAAAUUGUUGUCCAGUACAAUCUUGUGAAAAAGUGGAGUGCCCUGAAGUACCUGAAGUUGUGAUACCGGACUAUUGCACUUUCGCCUCAAAGGUAUACACAUAUCCACAGAAUGAAAUUUGCUGUCAUAAUGGAGAAGAAGUGAAGUGCAAUAACACUUUAUGUCCUGACAUUCUGAAAAUCCCAGAUAGUUGCCAAGAUGGAUAUUCAUUGGCUUCACUUCCAGUUGCAAAUUCAACUGACGCAAGGGUGAAUGCAUUCAAAGAUUGUCCCAACGUUGACCAGUGUUGCGAACACAAAGUAUGUGAAUGUACAUCUUGUGCAUAUGGUGACAAGAUUCUCGAUAUAGGAGUACCGGGAGUCUACUCAGAAGAUGGUUGUACCUUUUAUACUUGUACUGGAGAUAUCAAACUCACAGAUGGUUGCUAUGAAAUAUCUGAACAAAAGCCAUCUUGCCCAUCUAUACAACCCUGUGAUUGUUAUCAAACACUGGUAACAACCGAUCCAGAAGGAGGAGCAAUUGAUAAAAGUCAGUGGAUGGAUUAUUGUUGUCCAACUCACACAUGUCAAAACAAUUCCUGUAGCGAUACCUACUCUCCUGGAAAUGAUGAUUGCAUUUAUCCUGCAGAAGUACAAACCACUUAUGAGAGGAAUGAUACCAACAGUUGCGAGAACAAAAAUUGUCCCAUAUCAAAAUGUGUUUGUUCAAAAUGUUUUGAUGAAAUCCUUGGAGAAUCUGACAUUGGUAUUACUGUUCAAGGCAAUGAUCAUUGUGAAAACUACACCUGCGUUGCUGUUGAUGGUGAACUUUGUCCAAAAUAUAAAGUUAAUCGAGUUCCAUGUCCUAAAAAAGAUUGCAAUCAGGAAUUUGAGAAUAAAACAACAACUCCAAUUCCUGGGGAAUGUUGUGAAAAAGAGACCUGUCAGUGCAAGCCAUAUGAAAAGUUAGAAGACGUUUGUAGCAAUUGGAAAAUAAAUACAAGUUCAUGUCAAAAUCCGGAUUACAUGGUAUUAGAGGACGAACAGGACAAGUUUCAAACACACCGAUGCUGUCCUGAAAAGAAGUGUGUAUGCAAAAGCGAUGAGAUGUUGAAAGACGAAUGUCCAAAAUGGACUGAUUAUCUAUGCGAAUCUCCUUAUCAGAGGAGAAGUCUCAAGACAGCCAUCACAGAGUCAAAUUGCUGCCCAGAUUAUGAAUGUACCUGCGACUGUUCAAGUGUAACAUGUAAAUACGACAGCUGGGUAGCUGAGGCUUUAACUGAUCAAUGCGACUGCCAAUGCAAAUGUGAACCAGAAAAAUGUACCGAAAAUAUUAAGAGUUGUGGAAUUUAUGAAGAACGUAUUGAAAAUGGAACGAAAGACGAUGGUUGCUGUAAAGAGUAUGAAUGUGUUUGUGUCAAAGAAAGCUGCCCAGCUCUUCCAUCGGCAGAUUGUAAUGAAUAUCAAAUUGAGUAUGAUUGGUACGAGAAUCUCGGAGUUGAUUGCUGCGCAAAAGAAAAAAGAUGCAGAUGUAACUCUAACUCUACAUUAUUACAUGAAUUGUGCAAUGCCACAAAACCAGACAAAUGCGAGGACGGUUACACACCAUAUGUGGAAAAAGUAAUGACAUCGCAAACACAAGGAAUGUGCUGUGAUAUACAGUGCAAAUGCUCCAGCUGCUUUACUGAUAAAAAUGAAACUAAGUUGGUUGGUUCUACAUGGGAAACGAAGGAAAAUUGCUUAGUGAAAAACCACAGAUGUUCAGAAGUGUUGUUGACAAACGGUUGUCAUAAAAUAAUAACAGAUGUGAGAAAUGUAUCUUGUGAUUUCACCUCCGCCAGUAGCUACGAAAAUGAAAAGUGUAACGAAAGCUCUUAUGCUGUUGAAACAUUGCCCAGAGAAGGAUGUUGUCCUGAUUUCAGUUGCAAACCUUGCUCUUCGCAAAAUUGGACUUGCCACUCUCCAUUGGAAUUUCUGUCGAAAAACGAUACAAUAGAACGAUGUCCCGGGGAAUGUAGAUGCUCUGAUCCCUUGAGUGAAAUUCAAAAUCGGAUUUGCCUAUCAAGCGCUUCUUGUCCAAAUUAUUACACAGCUGUUUUGCUUGAUAAAGAUCAAACAGGGGGAAAAUCACACUCGGACAAGUGUUGUCCCGACUAUAAAUGCAUAUGCUCACCUUGUUCUGAGGAUAACAUUAAUGAAAGCGAUAUAACUUACAAUACUACACUAUGUGAAACUGUUGGAGUAAGGGAAAGUGACGUGGAUAAACCUUGCUGUAAAAAUUAUGAAAAGCAAUGCAACAAUUCAUGUAGUUGCCCAACAUCAGAGUCAAAUUGUCAAACAACGUUAGGCUGCACUGACAAAGAAAUCUCCAAAUCAUUUUGUGGGUGUGUUACUUCAACAACAUGUGAAUGUAAACCUGAACUAUGUCCCAUAAAAUCUUGUGGACCUUGUGAAAAAUUAAUAAAUGCACCUCGACCUAUGAAUGAAACAGCUGCCUGUAAUGGAAAUUGUUGUCCAAUACAAUUUUGUGUAAAAGUGGAGUGCCCUGAAGUACCCGAAAUUGUGAUACCGGACUAUUGCAUUUUCGCCUCAAAGGUAUACACAUAUCCACAGAAUGAGAUUUGCUGUCAUAAUGGAGAAGAAGUGAAGUGCAAUAACACUUUAUGUCCUGACAUUCUGAAAAUCCCAGAUAGUUGCCAAGAUGGAUACUCAUUGGCUUCUCUUCCGGUUGCAAAUUCAACUGACGCAAGGGUCAAUGCAUUCAAAGAUUGUCCCAACGUUGACCAGUGUUGCGAACACAAAGUAUGUGAAUGUACAUCUUGUGCAUAUGGUGACAAGAUUCUCGAUAUAGGAGCACCAGGAGUAUAUUCAGAAGAUGGUUGUACCUUUUAUACUUGUACUGGAGAUAUCAAACUCACAGAUGGUUGCUAUCAAAUAUCUGAACAAAAGCCAUCUUGCCCAUCUAAACAACCCUGUGAUUGUUAUCAAACACUGGUAACAAUCGACCCAGAAGGAGGAGCAAUUGAUCAAAGUCAGUGGAUGGAUUAUUGUUGUCCAACUUACACAUGUCAAAACAAUUCCUGUAGCGAUACCUACUCUCCUGGAAAUGAUAAUUGCAUUUAUCCUGCAGAAGUACAAACCAACUAUGAGCGGAAUGAUACCAACAGUUGCGAGAACAAAGAUUGUCCCAUAUCAAAAUGUGUUUGUUCAAAAUGUUUUGAUAAAGAUCUCGGAGAAUCUGACAUUGGUAGUACUGUACAAGGCAAUGAUCAUUGCGAAAACUACACCUGCGUUGCUGUUGUAGGUAGACUUUGUCCUGAAUAUAAAGUUAAUCGAGAUCCAUGUCCUACAAAAGAUUGCAAUGAAGAAUUUGAGAAUAAAACAUCAACUUUGAUUCCUGGGAAAUGCUGUGAUGCAGAAACUUGUGCAUGCAAGCCCUUCGAAGAACUUAAAAACAUAUGUGAUGGAUGGAAAAGUAACACAUCACAUUGUUCCGACCCAACACACAUGGAAUUGGUUCAAUCCGGUUCUACUCUGCAACAUCGAUGCUGUCCUGAAAUGGCUUGUCAUUGCAAAGAUAAGGAAACAAUAAAAUGCGACAAAGACGAAAAUUACAAAUGCCCAGCAAAUUAUACUAGAGUAAAAACAGCAGAGGUUACAUCCAAGAAUUGUUGCCCUGACUUCAAUUGUACUUGUGAUUGCUCUGGUGUGAAGUGCGAAUUGGAGACCUGGGUUGCAAAGACAAGUGAAAAUGUUUGUGACUGCAAGUGUAGCUGUGACCCCACGAAAUGCGGGCCAGUGUUAACAUGUCCAGAAUUCAAAGUUCCCACAAUUAAAAGUUGGAAAGACGGUGACUGCUGUCCAGUGUAUGAAUGUGUGUGUAAUAAAACAUGCAACGAAAGCAACUUGGAAUGCAACAUCUUUCAGGAUGUGAAAAAGACAUAUACUGAUACAGAGGAAUGUUGUCCAGAAGAAAAAUGUGAAUGUUCACAAAAUAAGACAUAUCAAGAAUCUUGUGUGGAAUCAUGUCCCGAAGGAUACGCAAUGUCAUAUAAAGACCCAGACACCAAAUGUUGUGGAGAAUGUAUAUGUACACACUGUAAAACGCCAUCAGGAAUGGUGGAGGUUGGAACAUCUUGGAAUGCAACUGAUGAGUUCUGUAAGGUUACAAAAGUUUGUUCUGAGGUAAAGGGCACAGAUGGUUGUCAUACUGUAAAAACAAUAUAUACAGAAAAAUCUACAUGCCCAACAAAAUAUUGCGGGCCAUUGCAGACGGCUAAACAACUCCCAUCACUUUAUCAAUGCUGUCCUGAAUAUAGGUGUGAAUGCAUCGUUAAUGAUACCAUUUUGAGAAGCGAAUGCGAAAAUUAUGAUGGUAUUGAGUGUCCAUCUAGCAAAAAAUCAACUCUAAUUGACUUUAUUGACUGCUGUCCUUAUUAUGAAUGUCAAUGCAAAGAAUGCGAAUACCCAUGCGACCCCGGUUUUAUUGCGGAGAUGUUACAAAAUAAAACUAUUGAUACUCAAUAUUGCUGCUUUGACUACAGAUGUAGAUGUGACUCAUGUACAGCACAAAAUGGAUCUGCCAUAAAAGUUGGACAGGUGUUGACGACAACACUUCAUUCGGGAUGUGCUGUCAAGGAAUCUUGCAGUAGAUCAGACGAUAAAUGUACAUUAGGUAUAGAUGACCCAUCAACCAAAUGUCAAACCAAAGAAAACUUUCAAUCACAAACGUGCAAAACCCCUUAUCAACAUGCUAUAGCCACUGGUAACUUCAUGGAAAAUAAUCUUUGCUGUGAGGAAUUUUCAUGCGAAUGCAAUGAUACUUCCAUCAAUUGCCUCCCUCCUUCCUCAGCCAAUUGUUUACCUAGUCAGAUGGCAAUAGAAAAAAGUGUGAUGCCCAAUACUGGAGAUUGCUGUAAGGAUUAUACCUGUGUUUGUCGGAAUGAUACUGAUUUAGAAGAUAUAUGUGAAAUGUCAAAAAAUUUUGAAUGUAAACAAGAUGGCUUCGUCAAACAUAGGUUGGAAAGUUCAGAUCCAUGCUGCCUGAAUUUCACCUGUACAUGUGAUUCUACCAAAUGCUCGAAUUACGGAUUUACUUGCGAAGAUGAAUUGUAUGAAAGAUAUGAAGUACCAGGAGGUACAACGUGCUGUCCAAAAUAUGAAUGCAGAUGUGUCAACUGUAGAUCCAGCGAUGCUGUUAUAAGAAAGACAAAUCAGACUUGGACAAAUGAAUGCAAUGUAUACACAUGUACUGAAGGAGAAGGUCAAUGUCCCACCAUCACUAAUCGUCCUAGAUUUGACUGCGAACCAGUGGAUGUCGCCGAUUGCGAAGGACGUGGUGGAGUUGUCAGAGGAUUAGAUCAGUAUGACGGAUGCUGUAAGGAAUGUACGCUGUGUAAACGUGUUGAAAAAAAACAAAACUUGACGGCAACAAUCAGCGGAUUAAACUGUUGGUCUCUUGAAGCUAUAGAUAUCGGAGUUUGUGAGGGGGCUUGCCCUAACACUGUUACUGUUAAUUACAAAACGGGAACAUCUGAUGUUAUGUGUGCUUGUUGCGAGCCGACUAUCGAAGAAUCGGUGGUGAUAAUGAACUGUGAAGAUGGCUCUCAGAAAAUGGAAGCAAUCAACAAAGCCGGAUCUUGCAAAUGUACAAGUGACAUCAGCCCAUAAUACUAUAAGAUGAUAAACGUUUGCUCUGUAUUAUCUGAUCAUAUUCUUUGUAUAGUUUGUGCUUUUAAGUGCUUUGUAGAUGUAGAAUUUUCCAUUGAUUAGUAUAUAUGCUUCAUUGUGUAUUAACCCAUUAACUGAUCGCGUUACUGUAAUGUACAUUAUAUUAAAGGAGAAACUCUAAAUAAUGCAAUAAAAGUUAUGUAACUGAUAAAUCUAGUCUAUAUUAUAACACAUGAAUGUUUCCUUGAUUUUGUCAUUCUGAUUUGGCGGUUAUUUGCGUAUGGAUAAACUACACGCACAUUAAAAAUGAGAUUUGCGAAAUCCCGCUUUGAAUAUUUUUAUUGUAUAGAUUUCAUCAACUGUAUAUGUAAUUCUGAAAUGAUAUCGCAAGAAAGUAUUUUUACUUUUAUUGUCUAAUUCAACCUUAUAAUCAUCACAAGCAAAAAUACUAUUUGAUAUAUUGCUACAUUUUCGGUAAUUGUUUUUAUUAGGCCGGGUAUGUACCACAUUGAAAUGGGCUUUAAUUUCUUGGUAUAUAGUGCAAUUGUUUAAACACGUCACAAAUGACGUAAUAAAAUUCAGCAGCUGCAAA